ACCGGUGUGCACGUGUGUGGAAAUAUGACUGGCUGCAUGGGAUGCUGGAUGUGAUACAACUUCACUUCGGUCGACUUGCUGAAUCAGUGCAGGCCAAAUGUAAGAUGAACUGAAUUAGAAUGGCAAACUUCCGUGUUCACCGUGUUAGAUUUUUUGAAUAUCAGCCCAAAGCCAUCCACUGCAUUGCCUACCAGAAAGACACGAACAGGGUAGCAGUCUCCAGGUCAGACGGAACGUUGGAAAUAUGGAGUAUAGAAGACAAAUGGUUCCAGGAGAAGGUAAUAGUUGGCCAUGAAGAGCAGUCAGUGGAGGCCGUAGUGUGGAGUGGACAGCGACUCUUUACAGCAGGACUCAGUGGAGAUGUGGUCGAAUAUGACUUGUGUAAAUUACAAUCAAAGACAUUUGUGUCCUCCAAUGCUGGAGCGGUGUGGUGUCUGACCAGAAAUUCAUCGAACACUAAACUGGCUGCUGGCACAGAAUAUGGCUGUAUUGUGUUGUUUGAUCUGACUGGUGAAUUAUUGACCUAUGAGAAAGCUUUUGACAGACAGGAAGGUCGUAUACUGUCAUUGUCAUGGCACGUGAAUGAGGAAGUCAUUGUGACAGGGGGAAUUGACAACAUCAGGGUGUGGAGCGUGAAUUCAGGACACGCCAUACAGCGCCUGACUCUACCCAGGCAGGAGAACCACAAGGAGACCAUUGUGUGGAGUGUGGUGAUCACAGGUGACAUGACCAUCAUCAGUGGGGACUCGCGGGGGAAGACUUCAUUCUGGAAUGGGAAACAAGGAACAGUAAUCAGGAGUUUCCAGAGUCACAAAGCUGAUGUCCUCUGUCUAGCUGUCAAUGAGUCUGAGAAUUCUGUAUUGAGCAGUGGUGUAGAACCUACCCUGGCCAGGUUUGAGUACGUUUCCACCAAUCCUAACAGUGACUGGAAGACCUGGAUAAGAUCUACAGUGCACUGUCAACACACACACGAUGUCCGCAGUCUCGCUUACGCUGGCCACUUUAUCAUUUCUGGAGGUGUCGACACCAACCUUGCAUUUACCGAUCUGGAAAAACGUAAGCCUGGUUGCAAAUCAAGAAAGAUACCAGCCAUUCCUCAAAAAUCCCUGGUUGCUGUGGCAACUAAUGCCAAUCUUGUUGUACUGAAUUACAGUACACACCUGGAGGUGUGGAGACUGGGCUGUACAAGGGCUAGCUCAGAUAGGCAUGGUGAAGUGUUGCCCUUGAGAGAGGGCCCUACUAAGCUUCUUCAGCUUAUGACAAAGAAUUCCAACAGAAUCGUCUGCUUUGCGAUCUCAUCUGACGGAAAAUGGCUGGCCUAUUCUGAUCAAGAGAGAAUGCGUCUAUAUUGCCUCUCACUGGAAGCUGAUGGAUCUGUGACUCCAAAAAUUUCAUUGACAAGGAUCAAGCUGUCCUCAGCUGUGGCCUGUCCCGCCCACAAAAUCAUGUUUACACCUGAUGUCCGUUACUGUGUCAUUGCUGCUUGUGAUGGAACAGUAAAUGUUUAUGAGCUCCACUCAGAUUGUGUCAGCAUGUACCACUCCUUCCCUUCUCCCUCAGAACCAGCAUCUCCUGUUCAGCUACUCAGCAUCAGUCCACAUAGCAAAUUGUUAGCUGUGUAUCAUCAUAAUCACCCAAUCCAGAUAUAUGAUAUCAAAAGCAAAGAGACUGUGUGUAACCUGCCCCUGUAUUCAUGCCAGCCCACAGCCCUAGCGUUCACCCCAGACUCAGAUAAUCUUGUCCUUGCCUAUGCAGACCAGAUGGUGCUGGAGUACUGUGUGGCUGAGGAGGAAUACACUGCCUGGUGCAGGGAACAUCUGAGGAAAGCCCACCCACAGUGGAUGAGGCGUACCAGCAAGAUCUACUGGAUAGACUUCAACCCACAAGCCCCCCACCAGAUCCUGUUGCAUGAUGAACAGAUGCUCUGUGUCCUUGACAAGUCACAGCCAUUCCCAGACAGUAGCAUCAACAUAUACAGCAAAUCCGCUUCGGAGAAGCAUUCAGGGUGCGGCACAUCGUCUGAGCAUGCCUUCCACAUAUGCAUGAAAUACAAGUUUUUGCUUCAUGUUGAAGCUCUGAAAGAUGAUUGGUUAGUGGUUGUUGAGCGACCGCCAAUCACAAUCUUUGAUGCAUUGCCACCAACACUAAAACAGAAGAAGUUUGGAACGUGAUGAUUGGUCGAGAGCUGUCCAGUACAUGAUGUAUCCUAUACCAAUCUGAAGACUUCAGUCACAGAUGUUGUUGACAUACAAACGACUUACAAUGUAUCUCCGCCCAUGGACCAGCUAACCAGCUUGUGCACUUUUCUUUUCUCCUAUGGGAUUUUGGGAGUGCAGUUUUUCAAAUGUUUCAACCAUGAGCAGUGUCAGUGAUACAGGGUCUCCAGCAGCAGUGUUGGACAUGGCUUAGCUGCUUUUAUCACAGAUCCUGAUGGGCUAAAAAAAAAGGAUGAGGAGAAAUGAUUAACAAGACUCCUGUGGAUGUAUGUGUUUGCGAGGCAGGUUUGACAGCAACAUGCAUAUGGACAGGUUUAUGUAAAAUGGUGAUAUUUUACAAUGAAUAAAAUAGUCUAUGAAAACAUGUUGCC